AUGAAGAAUAGCGGCACCCUUUUAUCAAAAUUAUCACUUUGCGCUUUCUACUAUCGACUGUCGCCUGCCCGCUGGUACCAAUACAGUAUCAUAUUCACCAGUUUCCUCUGCAUCGCAUGCUUCGGGUCCGUCUUCUUUGCCGUCCUCUUUGCUUGCCGACCCGUUUCAGCUGCUUGGAAUCUGCGACUCUACACAGGCGACAAUUGCAUUGCUCGACCGCCGUGGUAUAUCCUACAAGCAAUCACGGGCGGCGUGACGGACCUCCUGCUCAUGGUCAAUCCAAUUCCAACCGUGCUAGGUCUACAAAUGUCUACAAAACACAAGGCGGCGUUGAUUGCGUGGUUCGGUAUCGGUACCAUUACAUUGGCUACGGCCGUGAUGCGAGCUAUCAGCCUCUUGUCCAUGAUCAGUAGCUCAGACACUCCUUGGACCAUGGCCGAUGCUAUGUUGUGGCUAGUGGUGGAAUCAAAUCUCAUUGUCCUUUGCGGCUGCCUUCCAACAUUUAGGGUGUGGAUCACCCACGUCUUUUCAAGAAGACGUCUUCCCUCCAAGGGCAACAGUGGAGGGGGCUCACAGGGGCAAGCUGCCCAGGGAACCCCACUGCGAACGUUUGGCCAGGGAAAAACCCGGCACUUUGAUACGGUGGCAGAAAUCGAGCGCGAUAAUAUUAAGGCUGACGAUGAUUAUAACGGGACAGAGCCUCCAACAUCCCGCCACGGGGUAGCCGUCUCGGAUACAGGAAGCGAGGAACGCAUAUUGCACACACAGACCAGAGUCAUUUCCUCGUCCGAAUAA